AUGGCUAUAAUCACCAUCAUCUCCGCAGCAGCGUCAGCCUUCAUCGUCCUCGCGGUGUACUACGGCAUCAUCAACCCCGGUAUCAUCUCUCCACUCGCCAAGAUACCUGCGGCGCACUGGUCGUGCCACUGUGCCCCUCUCUGGAUCCUCGCUGUGAGGUGGAACCGCCGUAAGAACAGGACGCUACUUGAGGCGCAUCGCCGGCUGGGCCCUGUCGUGCGCAUCGGGCCCAAGGAUAUCAGCAUCGAUGGCAUCGAUGGACUGAGAAUCAUUUACCAGGGCGGCUUUGAGAAAGACCCGUGGUAUAGCGUGUUCAGCAAUUAUGGCAUCGAAAACAUGUUCUCGACCCUCUCCUCUCGACCUCACUCCCUCCGCAAGCGAGCCGUGUCAAAUGUAUACUCCAAGUCCUUCAUCCACACCUCUCAUGCUGCCAAGGCCCAAACCACCGCCGUCGUGCAGGACCGGCUGCCGCCGUUGCUACGUACAGAGCCGGCGUCUUCGUGUGCCGGCGUCGACGUGUUUCCCAUCUUUCUCGCCUGCGCCAUGGACCUCAUUGCCGCCUACGUCUUUGGCCUCGCCGGCGGGACAGACUUUGUGCGCCGCGCCGAUAAACGCGAUCCGUGGUUGGCGCUGUAUCUCGCCCGCGCCGAGCAUGGCUUUUGGCCACAGGAGCUGCCGGCCCUGACGCGGCUGAACACCUGGAAUCGGACCAUGUGCGACGAAGCGCAACGGCGGGCGCAAAUGGCUGAUGCCGGUGCCGAAGACCGGGACGCGGCGGACGAGCCCGUCGUUCUCGACGCCAUCAACGCCUGGAUUGACCGGGAGGCGCGCACGGCCGGCGAGUACAGCCUCCUAUUCACGACGAGCAUCUCGCAAAGCCGUGACGCCGAGACGGCGGGCAUCGCUCUCACGUAUGCGGCAUGGCACCUGUCGCGGUCCUCUCGACUUCAGGAUGAGCUACGCGCAGAGCUGCUGACGCUGCACCCCUCUUUUUCAUCGCCGUCAUUGGAAAAAGGCAGCACCGUUCCCGACUGCAAAGCCCUAGACGCUCUGCCACUCCUCCAUGCCGUCGUCAUGGAGACUCUGCGCCUGCACGCGCCGAUCCCCGGGCCCGAGCCGCGCCGAACACCUCCAACCGGUUGUCGCAUCGCCGGUUUCACGAUCCCCGGUGAUGUCCGAGUAGCCUGUCUCGCGCACACUCUCCACCGCGAUGAGACGGCGUUCCCGGACCCAGAAAAUUGGGCGCCCACGCGGUGGCUCGUCGAGGACGUCCAGAAGCGGGAGAUGCUCCGCCGAUUCUGGGCAUUUGGCAGCGGCGGCCGGAUGUGUCUGGGUUCCAACUUUGCCAUGAACGCUAGACUUGGGUCUCUCGAUACGAACAGAAUUUGUAUCGAUGACGGAGGGUUUCCUUCGUUUGUAGAACCUCUGACCACCCAUGAGCUUACCUCCAACGGACUUCGCGCGAGCAAAAAACCAGCCAAAAUGCAAGCUCAUGUUGGGUCCAACAAUAGCCACCUGCUGAAGAACGUAGGUCUGCAUUUCGGAGACACUUUCGUCCUCUCGCAUUGA